GUAAGUCGAAAACAGCGUGCAAGUGAAGAUGAGGAACGUUUUGAUCAAUUCUUCGGAUUUCGAACUCUUUGAUCCAGAUAUCACACCUCAAGACUACGAAUUCUUCCAGAAGCACAAGGGAGCACUCAAGAGUUUACUGGAAGAUCAGUCACAAGAACAAAAGCAGAAGUUUGUUAAGGCAUUCAGGGAUUUUUCAUUAAAUCAUGGCUGCAUGAAAGACUUUCCUCUUAAGAAUGAACAUAGCUUUGUAGAUGAUGUCAUGGAAAACAUUUCCAAAAGCUUUGUUGAUGGUAAGGCAAGUAAAGCUAAAUGUUUGGUCACUGAUGCUGUUUGCCUGCUUCAAAACAGGGGCAUGAUUCAGAAUAUCGGUGGUACUUCCUCAUGUGCCAGAGAUCCCUUUGUUAACAAAGAUACAAGAGAUGUGUUCCGAAGGCUCUUUGGAGAACCAGAACAAGAGUCCCGAUUAAAGGCUGCUGUAGUAUUUCCUUUGUACGUGAAGUUUGGUGGAUCAGUUUGUCGCUAUUUAAGGCGUUGGCUUGAAGCUGGAAAACUGGACGAGCUUGGUGUCACGUCCUUGUCACAGGUGCCUUUAGCAGCUCUGCAAAAAGUCAGCUCGGCCGCCAGCAACUCCGAGUCAGUACAAAGCAUAAACACCAAAGAGGACACCGCAAAAGCUUCCUCCACUGAAGUCGUUAGACCAAGUGGAGGUCCAAUGGUGGCAGUAGCCACUAUCGGUCGCAAUGGAGGAGCAGUAGACAGCGAUGAUGAUGAAGACGACGAGGAAGAUAGCUGGGAGACGAAGGUCAUAAGAGGUAUUCAGUCAGUGCUAACGGACAGGGGGGGAGCCUCUGCUAUUGACUACAUGGAAGUGUAUAAACGGGACAAAGAUGGCUCCUACAGGAGGCUGAGAGAACAGUUUCACCUCGGGAAGCCUCACCCGAACGUGGAAUUUGAAGAAAGGUGUAGGAAGAAAGAGGAAGAAGUGAUUGAAGGCAGUCGGCUGCGUGAGGUGAUUAUGAAGGACUAUGCUGACAGCUGUAGUAAGAAGAAACACGCAUGUGCUAACUGUAGGCAAGUCGAGAGAUACCCGGGAACGUUUAAGAAGUGUCAGAGGUGCAAUGGAAAGGGCACAAGAUUUUACUGCAGUCGUAAAUGCCAAGGUGAAGACUGGGUUUCGAGGCACCGACAGGACCACUCUACAAUGGAUUUACCGUCAUAAAAUUGUCCAAUUGCUGGCCUAUUUCUCUCCAUGAUGGCAAUCAAAUGUGAUCUUCAUUGUUUACGGAAACGAUCAUUGAUCAAGUUCUCAGUAGUUUGUGAAAGUUUCGCAGACGAGAAGUAAAACUCCUUAGAUGCUGUUGUGUGGCCAACCAGUGUGACAAAAACGUGUCACAUGUGUGAAAGUCAAAAAAAUAUGCCAAAGAAGUUUGUUUUAUGCUCUAGACUGCUCUAAGGGUCAUCGUACUGAAUUUUUUUUCACUGUUAUGGAUACAAGUAUUAUGUCCUUCGCAGCCGUUGUUUGGUCUCGUUGCACAACGCGCUCCUUCCCUCACCAGAGUUACAAAAGAGUGCGCGUUGUGUGACGUGACCAGACGACGGCUGCGAAGGAGACUAGGACACAAGGUGAUCCUAUCGAAUGUGUAAUCGGUAAUUAACGAUUUACCACACUGUAGUCUUAAACUGUAUGUAUAAAGUCAGUACUGUAUUUAUUUGUUAAUAAAACAACCCACAUAAUGAAGGUACAACUUGUGA